AUACAGACACACAUCAUUACACACAGCAUAUGUAAUUUGAUUUUCAAACCAAAAUAAUUUAAAUUUUGUUUUUUUGAAGUGGUGCUGAGAAAAACAAGAACACUCAAUCUCUUGCUUUUAGCAAACAAAGGAAAGAUUUCUUUAGCUUUCAGAUAUCCUCUCCCCUUAUUUGUAAGUCUCUCUCUUCUUUUUAAUUUUUCCCCCAAACUUUUUUUUAUUUAUAAUUUCUGUCACAAAAGUCCAUUAGCUUUGCAUUCAAACACCGCCGCUGUGUUAAAGAUCGCUUUUUUAUUUUUAUUUUUUUUCCGUCUGGGUAAGAAGAAGAAAUAAAAAUACACUUUGGCGAAGAAUGGGGGAUCACUUUGUGUUGCUAGUCGACCGCUUGCUUACGGAAUCAACUUUAGAGGCUGCAAUCGAGAGCGUAAACUCGUUAAAGCGGGCCCCACCUCUGAUAAUCGAGGACACAGUUAUCGACUGUUCCUCCGAAGUUGACUGCGAAUUUAGUUUGGCUCCGAAGAAAUUGGUGGAGUGCAGAAUAUGCCAGGACGAAGAUAUGGAUACCAAGAUGGAGUCUCCUUGCUCGUGCUCCGGUAGCUUAAAGUAUGCUCACCGAAAAUGCGUACAAAGGUGGUGUAAUGAGAAAGGUGACACCAUGUGUGAA